CUUGCAUGUAUGAUGGCCGGGAGUAUCAGAACGGUCAGGAGUUUCCAGAUCCCGCUGAUCGCUGCAGUCGUUGCAUGUGCAGGAAUGGUCAGGUGACCUGCAACAGGAGGCCAUGUCCAAACCCCAUAGGAUGUAGUAACCCCAUCACCCAGCCGGGCCAGUGCUGUCCAGUGUGUGAUGGCUGUAUUUAUGAUGGCGUUGAGCACCUUGAAGGCAGUACCUGGUUUGCAUCCAGCAGUCCCUGCAUGUCCUGCAUGUGUGUGAAUGGAGUGACCACCUGCUCAGAGGUCUACUGUCUGUCCACCUGUCUAAACCAGAUCAGCGUGCCGGGCGAAUGCUGCCCAGUGUGUGCAGACUGUGUGUAUGAAGGCCGUGUGUAUGGCCCUGGAGAGAGUUUCCACCCCUCUGAUGACCCCUGUCAGAUCUGCAUCUGUGAGGUGAUGCCAGACGGGGAACAGCACUUGCGCUGUUACAAGAAGCAGUGCCCAAGUCUGGUGGACUGUCCUAAACACAACAUCCUAUACAGUGGCUCUGACUCCUGCUGCCCUGUUUGUGCACAGCCCCUCAGUAAUUGCACAGCUACACUGAUCGGUAAUGAAGUGUUGGCCACUGAUGAUCCGUGUUUUACCUGUCAGUGCAAGGAUUUGACGUGGACAUGUAUCCAUCGUGGCUGUCCUCCUCUCAGCUGCCCUCCGGCCAAUCUGCACACACCGCCGGAUUCCUGCUGCCCCGUCUGUGAUGAGUGUGUAUUAGAGGGCAACCAAACCCGCGUGUCAAACGGCCGGAGAUGGACAGACAAGGAGAACGAGUGUGUCACCUGCAUCUGCAAUCAAGGGCAUAUCGAGUGUGAUCUGCAGGAGUGUCCUCCUCUCGAUUGUCCCAAUGGAUCGAUCAAAGUGAAGAAGCCUGGGAAGUGCUGUCCUGAGUGCACAGGCAUCAUAACUGUGGUUUACUCCAAAGACGCUCAUGCAGAGUGUGUGUACGAUGGUCAGCGGUACAACCACAAUGACCACUGGGAAGUGGACAAGUGUACGUCCUGCACCUGUGUGUACGGAGAAGUGCACUGCCAGACCCAGAGAUGCCCAACGCUCACAUGUGCCUCGGAUGAAAUGCCGGCUCUGGUUCCGGGAAUGUGUUGUCCUCACUGCAUUCCUCACCCCGCCACCUGCAUUGUGUUUGGAGACCCUCACUACCGAACGUUUGAUGGAAAGAUGGUGAACUUCCAGGGGAAGUGCACAUAUGUUCUGGCUCAGGACUGUGAGGGCGGAGACUUCAGUGUUCAUGUGUCUAAUGAGGACCGGGGACGUAAAGGAGUGUCUUGGACUAAAGAAGUGACUGUGUUUAUUGGAGAUAUUGUGGUACAGCUGUUUCAGGACUGGAUUGUCAAGGUUGAUUAUCAGCAAGUGUCUCUGCCGUUUCUUAAAGAACCGUAUGUUUACCUGGAGCGCAAAACCAACACCAUCCUCCUGAACACCAAUGUUGGGCUGAAGGUGUUGUGGAAUGGUCGUUCUCAUCUGGAAGUCAGUGUUCCUGGUACCUACAAGAAGCACAUGUGUGGUUUAUGUGGCAACUUCAAUAACUACCCUCAGGACGACACGAAACUACGCAAUGGACAAAUCACCAACUCUGAAGCAGUGUUUGGAAACAACUGGAAGGUGGGCAGUGGAAAUCCAAGUGUUCAGUGUCCUGAUGCGAUAAACAUUCACCCAUGUAAAGAAGCAGGAUACUCGGCCCGUAAGACUGCGAAUGCUCGCUGCGCAGUGCUGAAGUCGCCCGUGUUUGAGCGCUGUCAUAAGCUGGUGCAACCCGAGAUGUUCUAUGCUUCGUGUGUGUAUGAUCUGUGUGCCUGCGGCUCCAAUAUAGACGAGUGUUUGUGUGACGUGUUGGAGGCUUACGCGUCUGAGUGCCGUGAGGCUGGAGUUAUCCUGCAGUGGAGGUCGCCGACACUCUGCGCCGUGGGCUGUCCGCUUGACCGUGGCUAUGUGUUUGAUGAAUGCGGGCCGCCGUGUCCUAAGACGUGUUUUAACAAAGAUGUGCCGCUUGGCGUGAUCGAGGCUCACUGCUUCAAACCCUGUGUGCCGGGAUGCCAGUGUCCCGCUGGCCUGGUGGAACACAAUGCUCACUGCAUCGCCCCCGAGAAAUGCCCGAAAAUUAUCCACGGCAAUCUCUGAGAUCCACAAACUCGACCAAACAUCACGUGGAGUCAAACCAGCUAAAACUGAGAUCUGAUGAACCACAACAAGCUCUUUAAGUCAACACAAAAUCAGAAUUUGCUUUAUUUCUUUUUAAUUCAUA